AUGGAUAGCAAGGGUAGAAAAAUUAUCGUUUGCGAUAACGGAACAGGGGUAAGGUUAUGAUUUUACAUUUAUUUCUUGAUUUCUAUUUCAUUUAGACCAUUUAAAUUUACAUUUCUAAGAACUUUCUUUUUGACAUUAUACUUUUGCAGUUUGUAAAAUGUGGAUAUGCAGGAGCAAAUUUCCCAGCACAUAUAUUUCCAUCCAUAGUUGGACGUCCUAUUAUCAGAGCUGUCAAUAAAAUAGGAGACAUUGAUGUGAAGAAAUUGGGAAGACAUGUGUCAUGUAUGGGAUUACACAUUUGGCAAGGAGAAAAUGAAUAUUAAUCCCAGAGAGUGCAAAAUUUUGUUAACAGAACCACCAAUGAAUCCUAUCACAAAUCGUGAAAAGAUGAUUGAGGUAAUGUUUGAAAAAUAUGGUUUUGCUGGAACAUAUAUUGCAAUUCAAGCAGUACUUACAUUGUAUGCCCAAGGAUUAAUUAGCGGUGUUGUAGUAGAUUCUGGUGACGGAGUCACUCAUAUCUGCCCUGUGUUCGAAGAAUAUGCUUUACCUCAUCUUACUCGACGACUAGAUAUAGCUGGUCGAGAUAUUACAAUGUAUUUGAUAAAACUUCUUUUAUUACGUGGCUAUGCAUUUAAUCAUUCUGCUGAUUUUGAAACAGUUAGAAUGUUAAAAGAAAAAUUAUGCUAUAUUGGCUAUAACAUUGAAACUGAAGAAAAAUUAGCUCUUGAAACAACUGUAUUAGUUGAAUCAUAUACUUUGCCUGAUGGGAGGGUAAUAAAAGUAGGUGGAGAGAGAUUUGCAGCACCAGAAGCUUUAUUUCAGCCUCAUUUAAUAAAUGUUGAAGCUCAAGGAAUUGCUGAACUAGUGUUUAGUACUAUUCAAGCAGCUGAUAUUGAUAUAAGGAGUGAAUUAUACAAGCAUAUUGUUUUAAGUGGAGGCAGUACAAUGUAUCCUGGGCUUCCAUCUAGACUUGAAAGAGAAAUUAAACAACUGUACCUUCAAAGAGUAUUAAAAAAUGAUACCUCAAAGUUAAAUAAAUUUAAGAUAAAAAUUGAAGAUUCCCCGAGACGUAAAGAUAUGGUUUUUAUGGGUGGUGCUGUAUUGGCAGAAAUCACAAAAGACCGAGAAUCAGUAUGGAUAACAAGAGAAGAAUAUGAAGAAAAAGGUCUUAGUGUAUUAAAAAAAUUAGGUUCUUAUGAAUCUUAA